AUUUCUUGGUAAAUGCCGACACCUCUUAUAUGAAGUCUCUCCUUCAAUGGAAUGGAGGAUGGGUUGUCCUGCUGUACAUAUAGAACUGCGCUAUCCCCACACACAGCAAUAAACAGAGAGAGGGGGAGAGAUCAUUGAAACAACAAGAGAGAAAAAGAGAGAGAGAGACAGAGGAGGAAGUGGUGCAUCACUGGGAAUCUUAAUAAGUUCAGCGGAAGAACAAAACAAUGACAGACUGUGGUUUUGAGAGGGAGUUUGUGGAUGCUCAUAAUGACUAUCGCAGGAAGCAUGGUGCCCCGCCCCUAGCGCUGAGCAGAGACCUAUGUAACUCUGCCCAGAAAUGGGCAGACCAUCUUCUGUCAAUCAAAAGCCUGAAGCACAGCUCCACCAAUCACGGAGAAAACCUUUACUACGCAUACAGCUCAACCCCCAAAAAACCUGUUGGGAAGGAUGCAGUGGACAGUUGGUACAGUGAAAUCAAAGAUUACCACUUCAAUAAGCCUGGCUUCAGCUCGGGUACAGGUCACUUCACCCAGGUGGUUUGGAAGGACUGCAGCGAGGUAGGUGUGGGUCUGGCCACAGAUGGGCAAACGAUCUUUGUAGUGGGCCAGUACCACCCAGCUGGCAACAUGUGCAACGCGGGCUACUUUGAGAAGAAUGUCCUACCACUGGGUAGCUCCACCUCUAGCGCCCCCAAAUGUUUCCCCACAGCCGGAGAAGGAGGGGGCCUGAGUGUACUCCAGUCUAAAAUUGCCAGAUCCUCUUCACCUGCAUAUAAGGCUCCUCCUCAGGCGAACGGCACUGUUCAGCGGAAGAACAAAACAAUGACAGACUGUGGUUUUGAGAGGGAGUUUGUGGAUGCUCAUAAUGACUAUCGCAGGAAGCAUGGUGCCCCGCCCCUAGCGCUGAGCAGAGACCUGUGUAACUCUGCCCAGAAAUGGGCAGACCAUCUUCUGUCAAUCAAAAGCCUGAAGCACAGCUCCACCAAUCACGGAGAAAACCUUUACUACGCAUACAGCUCAACCCCCAAAAAACCUGUUGGGAAGGAUGCAGUGGACAGUUGGUACAGUGAAAUCAAAGAUUACCACUUCAAUAAGCCUGGCUUCAGCUCGGGUACAGGUCACUUCACCCAGGUGGUUUGGAAGGACUGCAGCGAGGUAGGUGUGGGUCUGGCCACAGAUGGGCAAACGAUCUUUGUAGUGGGCCAGUACCACCCAGCUGGCAACAUGUGCAACGCGGGCUACUUUGAGAAGAAUGUCCUACCACUGGGUAGCUCCACCUCUAGCGCCCCCAAAUGUUUCCCCACAGCCGGAGAAGGAGGGGGCCUGAGUGUACUCCAGUCUAAAAUUGCCAGAUCCUCUUCACCUGCAUAUAAGGCUCCUCCUCAGGCGAACGGCACUGACCUGGGCCAGUUCCACAGAGACUUCCUACGGGCGUGUAACAACCAGCGAAUGGCACACGGAGCCCCAGCCCUCACACUGGACCCAGUCCUGAGUCAGGGGGCGCAGGCAUGGGCAGAAACUCUACUGGGAGAGCGGGUGCUGAAGAACUCAUCCUCCUCCCAUGGUGAAAAUAUCUGGGCCAAGACGGGGUCAGCGGGCAUCACUGCUACGGGUCAAGAGGUGGUGGACGCCUGGUACAAACAAGAGGAGAACUAUGACUUCUCCAAACCAGGACAUCAGGACAAAACAGGGCAGUUCACACAACUGGUGUGGCGUAGCUCCAAGGAGGUGGGCGUAGGCAUGGCAAACGCUGGCACGGGGAUGCUUGUCGUGGUGGCACACUUUAAACCGGCUGGCAACAUCAGCAACCCUGGUUACCACGCUCAGAAUGUGAUGCCAAAAGGGUGGAAAGUUACCGAUAAGCCAGUGGAGUUCGUCACUUCGAGAAUGCAGGCGUUGGCCGUGACCUCACUGUCAGCCAAUGAGCUUGGCCAGUUCGGCCGGGCUCUUCUGAAGUCUCUGAACCAAUACCGGAGCCAGCACGGGGCAUUACCUCUGGUGCUAAGCCCUGCCCUCACUAGGGAGGCCCAGGAUUGGGCGGCUCACUUGGUGAGCAUCAACACACUGAUGAACAGCGGCAAAGGCCACGGGGAGAACAUAUUCUACUGCUCUGGCUCCAGCACAGCGACCCCUACUGGAUCAGAUGUGGCCGAGUCUUGGUACAAGGAGAUUGAGAAGUAUAACUUCUCAUCCCCUGGUUUUCAGAGUGGAGCAGGUAAUUUCACUCAAAUGGUCUGGAAGUCCGCAAAGCAAGUAGGCGUGGGUUUGGCGACCAGUGGGCGGGGCACGUUUAUCGCCGUGGCGUUCUACGACCCAGCGGGCAACAUCACCAACCCAGGCUAUUUCCAUGACAACGUGAAAACCAAAGGAAGCACACUUUAGUCUGAGCCAUACAUAUGUAGUAUGUAUGCCGGCACUACCAAAGGUUUCUAUAGGAAUGGGGUGCUUAUCUGGGCAAACACGUUGUUGCUGUUAUCUUUGGUUGUUGCUAUGAUUUGUCCUCUUUUGGAAGGCUAAGAAUCUUUUUUUGUUAGUUCAUUGUUUUCCGUAGAUGGCGCCAUUCUAACGCGACACGCAGUUGCCAGGAGCCAUCAGUGUAGACGGCCGUUGCGCCGUCUUAUGCGAGACAAACUUGACCUUAACUUUUUUAACUUCUAUCUCAAAUGAUACCCUUACAUUGUUAUUUUCUAACUAACAACAGUAAUUUGGGAAAUCUGUAUAAAUGGCUUAAUAGGAAAUAAUUUUAAUGUUAUGGGUAUUUUUUUAUAACUGCAAAAUAAAAGUGAGAUUUUCACCAGACAGUUACUUUUAUAAGUUACUUUUUCUGUUACCUCGAGUUAUUUGGCUAUGAACUCGUCCUAUAAUCGUAUUUGUGGCCAAAGCAUAAACUGGAGAAAAAAACUACCUCAAAUAGACCGUUUCAUAAUUGCUUGCUAUUUCCUCCUAGAACAUGAUGUCAUGUUGGCUCGCUGAGCUGGCCAAUCAGUGGCCAACUUGCAUGAACAUUUCUAAUGACCGGUAUACUCCCACACCAUUCUGUUGUUGGGGUAUGUCCACACCAUUCAAACACAUAUAAUAAGGAUCUUUACAGAUCGGUGUCCUACCCGCGGGACGGUUGAGCUAAUGUGCGCUAAUGCGAUUAGCUAUUGGUCAUAUUUCGUAAAAGUCUGGAAACACUGGACAGUUACUUAAAACACGAAAUGUAAUGCCUUUAAUCUCGUGCACGUUUUUGUCAUUUACUAUCCAUGAAUAGAGAAAUGCUCGCUUUUUAAAUGUAUUCAUUGAUGUUUAUCAAACAUGUUGACAUACAGACUGAGACUGCACUAUGUUGACAUACAAGUGGCAAUAAAUGGUGGAAUUAAA